GAAUUGCUAAUAAAGGAGCUCAAUUAGAAGGUCGAGAAUUUGCAAUCGCAAAUAGAAACCACUUCAGUUGAAUUCGACAAGAUUAUGGCCGAUAAUGCUUCAAAAAUGUCACAAAUACAUGCACUCGAAGUCAAAAUUCGGGACUUCGAAAUCCAUUUGGAUGCCACCAAAAUCGAAACCGCAGGGCUCAAUACACAAAUCGCCGCAAUCAAAUCCGAGAAAUAAAAUCUACAGCAAAGAAUCAACGAAUUCCAAGUCCAAAAUGACUCCAGCCAUCAGGAUUCUGCAACACAGGAAACCAUCGAUGAACUACAAAACCGCAUCUGUCAAAUGAAACUCAAAAUUGGAGAAUAUGAACAGGUCAAUGAGAAUUUACGAGAAUAUAACCGAGUGACAAAAGCUCGUGCCAUUGAAGCAGAGAGCCAAAGAGCCGCGGCAACCGCGCAGAGAAACAAAGUCAUUAUCGAAAGAUACGAAGCAAGUAUACAGGGGCAUGAUUCAAGUCAAAGUACGGCAACAUUCAGUAGGCAGAGCUCAAUUAUGGGGCAUGGAAGCGUUGCGGGAGUUAAGAGAGGUAGAAGUCCGAGUACGGAGUUGAGCGGGAUGAGAGAGCAGAGUAUCGUAAGGGGUGAUGGAAGUAAUUUAUCCGCCGUGAAUGGAGACCUUGAGAUGUAUGGGGCUAGCCCACCACGUCAUAUAAGCAGUUUGGUGAAAUCUGAGUGGGAGAAUAUGAGUGAAACUAGCAGAGUGGCAAAGAAGCCUAGAGUGGAAAGUCGAGAGGUAAUUGAUUUAUCAGAAGAUUGAAGUAGGAAUGAACGUGGUCAUGGGUAGUCGGUGGGAAGCAAAUAAUACAUGGGAAGUGGGAUGGAGAUUGAUUAUCUGGGAUUUCUCUCUUUGAAAGGGAGUUUAUUCAUCAACUAAAAGUCUGCGAGAUCUUAUCGAUGUAGAAAAAUGACAAUACAUAUCUUAACAAUGACUAAAGCA